AUCUUAUGUACGACAAAUAGUUUACAUAUGAUUUAUGAUACUGCAUUUGAACAAAGUCUUGCAUCGCAAUUUGACUGCAAAUAUAUAAUAAUUAUUAUAUUGUUGUAUAUUUUUUUAACAUUCUUUAAGAUAAUAAGACGUUGACUUUACAUGAGAGGAUGGCUACUGCAAAACUGGUUGCUGAUAAUAUAAAAAUGUUUGUUAACAAAUAUGAUGAAAAUCAUCAUGAAAUUGAGAGUGAAUUUAAAAAAUUAAAACUUGACAAAUAUCUCUGUAAUUCAGAUAUUCAGACUUACACAACUGAGGAGUGUAGUGAAGUGAUAACAGAGUUAGAUAAUGCAUUAUGUGUUGUUGAAGGUAAAAGCAAGGACCAUAUUCUUUACACUCUUUUUACUGCAAGGGAUCGUGUGCAAAAAGCACAGAUAGGGGCGUUAAAGUGGCAGCUUAAGCAUUGUACCUGCAAGGCUGGAGAUUUAAUGUUGCGGAAAGAUCAAAAACGGACGCAUACUGGCAAGGGACAGUUAGACAGCGGAUAUAACUCAAUAUGCCUGACAGACUCACGGCUAUACACCGAAACAGGUGAUGGACUCGUCGUGCAACCAACAGAUGCAUCCCACACCGAAGUUUCUAAGACUCUAACAUAGAGGGCAACUACACUGAAUUUGAAGAGACAAUAAAACGACAGAUCUGAUAAGCUAAACUUCCGGCUGGUAUCUGAUGACAGAAGACUGAAAGAAAUUUAGCAAUCAUUGCCCUUUUGGAAUGAUACGUUAUAACCGACUCUUUGACUCGCUACCAGAUACAUUUAAAUCAAAGGUUAGAAGUGCAAUAAGGUGGAAUGAAAAAAAAACAUAAAAAAACAUAGAUUUGAUUUCAACGUAAUUUAGUACUUCAGGAUAUGGUAUGUGAAACAGAGACAAAAACAUUGGAAAAGUCUGAAACUGAAGCGUGACAUACAUUUAUGAUAAAAGAACACAGACAAAUUAGCAAACACAAAGUAGAGGCAACAAACACAUUCAAUGAACACAUUGGAUCCCCGCCAUAGAACGGUUAAUAGCAUUACCACCACUGGGGUGUUUAAAUCGGUUAAUGGUUCGCACCAAAAAUCCACAAGAUUAUUUGCAACAGACUGACCGAGGCUAUAAACGAUAAUGAAAAUAUGUGUUGCAUUUAUUUGUCUUUUCGUGUUAACUUAUGCUGUUUGUGCCUUAAAGCUGUGCUAUUUUCAUUUUCCACUAUGUAUUUAUAAUUCUAAGAUGGCUCGAUUUGAUUUCCAGUUAAAUAAAGAAGAAAAUCAAGCUCUGUAUAUCCUGCGAUAAACAACGGUUGACGCGCGGAUUGGUAAGAGAGCAUAAUGACGUCCGAUACUUAUUCCUCGCGUAAAUAAAGUCCAGCAUAAUAUUUAUUAAAAUAUACCAUUGAGCAUGACAGAAUGAAAACAAUCAAGACCUUUUUGUGAUUUAUCGUCUAAUUUACCACGGUUCAUCGUUCAGAUACUUCAGUAUUUAACGCUAACGCCCUCGUGGUUCAAUUCCUACGCAUCUGAACUCUGAACCGUGGUAAAUCAGACGAUAAACCACUCGAAGGCCUUGAUUAUUUAUUAAUUAGACACUGAUUCAAACAUCAGAAUAUAUCAAACAUGACUUCAUAUAUAAACUUACUGAGAGAUGUCAUAUCUAGCAGCAAGUAUUUGUUAAAAUAUCUUUUAUGUAUUUAGUAACGAAUUCAUACUGCGGUGCCUAAUACCGUCAAACCGACAGUUGUAAUCACCUGUGUUAAUUAAUUGCAAAAUCUAAAACAUUUUGUUCUUAUGUUAACUUAUCCAUUGUUGCCUGUAGUAGUCACCUGCCUUACGCAGCAAGUUUAUUUUUUCAAACAGUAGAGUUUAUACGCAUAUGAACAUUUAUUUUAAUAUGUUAAUAUACAUACUGUGUACUUACUGUUCAUAUUUUUAAACAAUUAGCCUAACUGUCAAGACCCCACUUUGGAACCACACUUAGUGACUGAAAAGAAUGUCUUUGGUAAAACGAGAAGACAAAUUGUGGUCUUCGUGAAUAGGAGGUUUUAUAAUAGUGGAAUUUAUUAGGUGGUCCUUAUCACAGACUUGUAAUAUAUCUUUAAAAAAUACUAUCUGGUAUAUUCAAACUCUCGUUAUUCAAAUUAUUUGGGUUGAUUCAACAUCUUGUAUAGUAUAUGACGUUUGAAACAAAGUCAAAAUUUUGUAUCGUAGAAGGUAUUUCUUCAUAAAUGUUUACCCAAACUCCAGCAAUGUAAAGAUGUCACAAACUGGCGGCAAAUAUUGGCACAGCUAGAUGAUUGAAAGCUGGCGACAAGUGAUUCUGUUUUUGUAACCAGUGCAGACCAAGAUCAGCCUGCAUAUCAUGGUCUGCACUGUUUACUAUUCAGCCAGUAAAAUUUCGAUGACCAUCCCUUUGAAUGAAAUAUGGUAUGGCCCAAAUUGAACGAUGGACCAGUUCAUUUUAGAAAUUUAGGAGGCUAAGGGUAAAGGCACAUCGGCACAAUAAUGCGUCACAUGUCGACUUUCCACCUAUAAUGAUGGCUGAUGAUCAGAUGUCAGAUAACUAGAUCUCGUCUAUAUUUGUCAUGAUUUCUUGUAUUCGCACAGUAACGAAAUUCGCUCAAAAGUAGAUUCUAUGCAUUUUUGUGAAGAAUUGUCAUAAUUUUUAUAACUGGGUUAUAACCAACCUUUUAAUAGUGUUUACCAUGUGACAUAACCAGUUGCAGAAAUUUACUAUAACGCAUGUUGUUAAAUGGUAAUUGUGGGCUGCGCAAGUCGUCAGCAGUAUAUAUCUUCCCGACCUUCAACAGAAAAAAGUCGUAGAAAAACAUCUUUGAUUAGUCACUUUAGGACAUAUAUGAAUACAGUACAAAUGUAAAGACGGGGGGAAACCGAACAACCCGGAAAAAAAACGCGUCCUAUGGUUGCAAAAUUUGCAGACUAUCCUGAUAGAAAAAGAGGACCGAAAUCGUGAUCAGAAAAUUAAAUAAAACACCAUCAUUAGUAAAAUGAAAACAUAUAUCAGUAUAAAGAUCACAAACGCAAAGACGGAUAAAAAUCUACGAGUAGAAGAACGCGUCCAAAAGCUCCAAAUCUAGGUCUACAUUUUUCCCCGAUGGAGAAACACCGAUAUUGCGAUCUGAAUAUAUACUAGUAACUUAAUUGUUUCAAGUCUGAUUUUUUUGAAGAGCUCGUGUCAAGGGGCGCUAAUACCUUUUUCUUCUGAUUUUUUUUUAAAGAAGAAAUAAAUUUUACGAUCUUAAUGUAGAUAUAUUAAAUUAUAAACAAUCAAUAAUCACACAUUGCCAAAUAUGAAAACAUUUUUUACCGAUAGAGAAACACCGAUAUUAAAUAUUAACACCAAAUAUGAAGAAACUGCCUUUCUCUUAAAAAUACAGACACCGCAAGGAUAAAUAUCCAACAUGAAAAAUCUUUCAUUUAUAGUACUUUUAUUAGUAUCACGAGCAAGAAUGUCAGACUGUACAUAAUCUGACAUACCUCAUGCGUAGGCCUACAUGCAUUGCAACCUAUGUUCUAAAAGUCUGAUUUGUACCACUGACAAUAUCUUUUUUUUGUCGAGUCAGGGGCGUCGGAAGGUGUUUGAUA